AGAAGAACACCUAUUGCAGUAUUGCAAAAUACACUGAAAGUUGCACUCAAAAGUAGUACUGUAAUUGAGAUAACCACGUCUGACGGAGUGCGGUGAAAUUAAAUUGUAGCACCCUACAAUUUUGGAUUACACGGCGUCGGUUGUGCACACUCCGCACGUUCAUCAGUCGAAUGCCGAAGGAGAGGGAGAAGAGGCGAAAGACCUCCAAGGAGGCAGGGCUGUCUGGCGCUGGGAUUGGUGAAGGGUUUUGUAAAGAGCGCAGAACAAGCUGCAAAGCAUCUGAGAAUUGCGAUGAAUUGUGCCAUAUGACAGAAGUUCGGAUACCUGAGGUUAACGCCGUUCUAGCGCAAUCUAGUAUGAUGGAGGUGCUCCGUGUACCGCAGGUGACAAUAACCCCAGAUGGAGGCUGCUCGCAGGAGAUCGAGCAGGAGGACUGGGCUGAUGUGGACGGUCCUCUACGACGGAAUAUGUCAAACUCCUCUAUCUCCUCAGCAGGUUCCUCCAUAGAGUCAGAGGAUGACAUUCUGAGUGACAACGAGAAAAGGAGCAAGGGGAAUAUCACAUUAGAACAUUUGUGUGAGCACACGGGAGAAAGCAUACCCUGGUGGACGCUAAAGAAUAUCGUCGUCAACUGGCCUUUUGUUGGCUCCCGGAGAAGAAACCUGUCCUGGGUUCAACUAGCUGGACACAAAGGUAAUUUCAAAGCUGGCGGCGAAGGCACCAUUCUGAAGAAGUUCUCAGAGAAUGAGAAGCUGUGCUUUGAGAGAUUGCAGGGUGACGUGCUCCAGGGCUUUGUACCAGGAUACCAUGGGGUGGUGGAGAGGGAUGGGGAACCCUUCCUACAUAUGACUGAUCUACUUGUCAACUUUGAUGAACCCAGUGUCAUGGACUGCAAGAUGGGAGUGAGGUAAGGGAGCAGCAGAUGGUCUGUUCAAUAAUAAUGUGCAUAAUAAUAAUACUAAUAUAAUAAUACUACAUGUCUGGCCCUUUAGGAGGGUUGGGUGAAAGGAGGUAUUAAGCAAUGUUGAGAAAAUGGCAAAAGAAUAACUGUUGGAGUAAUAUAAUUUAGCAGUAUCAGAGAGCAUUUUCCAUUUUUACACUUCAGUGCUCCUGAUAGCAGAACAUGCACACUGUAAACCUGUUUCUUUUUCUCUUGAU